UCUGCAGUGGUGUACUGAAAAAUGCCAGCCUGCAAUAUCUAAUAAAUCUGUAAUGUGUUUAAGAAGAAAAGCUUAUUGAAAAAAAAUUUUUUUUCUUCUUCUUGGUAUUACUUAGUUUAAAAAUGGCCUUUAAGCAAAGAGAUUUAACCACUUCUAAAAUAUUGGAAAUUUCUUCACUUCAGAUACGGAAAAUGAAAGAAGAUAUUAAAGAAAGUCUAAGGAAUUUUUUACAGGAGCUUAUGGAGGCUCAUCUUUCAGAAAUAGAUCAAAAAUUUAAUGAAAUGGAGAAAGAAAUACUGGAUUUUAAAGAUAUGGUGGAAGAGCAGAGGAGGGAGAUGAAAAAAUUAAAGGAAUCAAUUACCCCAUUAUUGUUAUCUAGUACUCAGACAGAAGAAAGACUGGAUGAACUUAACCAAAUUAAUUUAGAUUUGCAAAGGAAAAUAGAUGAAGUUCAAAUUAAUUUGAAUUUAGAAAAUAAAAUAGAUGAUAUUCAGGUUAAGGUAGAUAAGGCAGAUGAAGAAAGGGUUAUAUUACAAUAUAAAUUAAUGGAAUAUGCUAUAAGGGUAAGGGGUUUAAGAGAAUGUAAAGAGGAAAAUUUGAAAGAGAUUUUUAUUCAGGCCUUUGCUCAGAUAGAGGGAGUGGAACCAGAAGAUUUUGAAGUUAAUAUUGAAAAAAUUUAUCGUGUUAAUUCUUGGUUGGCAAGGCAGAAGUGUUUACCGAGAGAUGUGGUUAUUUAUUUUACAAAUAAGAAGAUUAGGUAUGGAAUUUUGCAAGCAUUUUAUAAAAAUAAAUUUCAAAUAUUAGGACAAGAUAUAAUAAUGAUGAAGGAAAUUCCUCCUAAAAUGUUAAGAAAGAGAAAAGAAUUUGCCUUUUUAGUGGAUGAACUUAAGAAACAUCAGAUAUAUUUUAGAUGGGAGGUUCCAGCUGGUUUAACAGUGAAUUAUAAAGGAGGAAAGUAUUUUCUCAAUACAGUUUGUAAAGCACGAGAUUUAUACACUAAUGUAUUAAAGAUUGGGAACUCUUUAUUAAUAGAUGUUAAGUUGAAUGGUGAAUAGAUGGUGGAAAAUGUGUAAGACAGAAGAAGGGGAGGGAGAAUGUUUAAUUUUAUUAUAUAUGAUUAUGGUUAAUUUUUGUAAAUGAUUUAUUUUGGAUAUAAAUGUGUAAUUUUAGGGGUACUAUUUGAUAUAUUUGAGGUAUAAAGGAAUAGGAAGAUGGAAUAUUGUUAACUUUGGAGGAUAGAUAGUAAAAUUUAGGAAUUUGGAUUAAAUAUUAUAUUUAAGAGAUGGAUGUAAUGUUGUUAUAUGGCUAAUUAGAAUUUAAUUGUUAUAAUAGAUAUAUUUUGGAUAAGUUAUAGGUGUAAUCUUAAUAAUGUUAUUUGAUAUAAGCAAGGUAAAGUGAAGAUUUUAAUUAUUACAAUUGAUAUAUUGGAUAUUUGUAAUAUUAUUUGAUGUAUAUAAAUGUCAAAGAUGUGAAAAGAUGGACUAUUGUUUACCCUUGAAGGUUGGACAGAAAAAUUUAAGAAAUUAAGUUGGAAAUAUAAACUAUUCUUGAGAGACUGCUUAAGGAAGAAAGACAUUUUAGAAGAACCCUUGGUGAAUAUUGGAAGAUGGAACGUUGUUUUGAUAUUGAUUGAUGAAGGUUGGAUAUUAAAAACUAUGUACUUUAUUCAAGAACAAACACUAACUCAACCGGAAAUUUCUGAGAACUCUAGGAGUGGAAUGGUCUGAUAUAUAAUGGAUUGGAAGAAAUGUAUUUUCUUUGUUUCUGGAAGGGGAGUUGAGGUUUUAAGGAGUGACUAUGGAUUAUGAUUUGUGUUAUAUUUUAAUUUUUUGUUGUUAGUUUUAUACCCUG